UUGUAUGAAUAGUACUUAAAGAAGAUGAAAAAGUCUUUGUAUUCAGCGAGUACCAUUCUCUUCUUCAUUUCGAUUUUUCUAAACACUUUUGCUGCAACUCCUACUGGUCUCUUGUGUCAUCCCAACCAAAGGGAUCUUCUUCUCGAUUUCAAGAAUGAAUUUCAAAAUGUUCCUGAGCAUUUUUGUUCAUUCUACUCUGAUGAUCUGUGCAGCGCAAAGAACUGGGAUAAAGAAGAGGAUUGUUGCUCUUGGGACGGUAUCACAUGUGAUGCCAAGUCCGGGGAAGUGAUUGAGCUAAAUGCUAGUUGCUGCUUCUAUGGCCGCUUCGAUUCCAAUAGUAGUCUUUUUAGACUCCAGAGCCUGCGUUCCCUCAAUCUUGCUUACAACAAUUUCAACUCUUCUCUCAUACCAACUCAAUUCAAUAAACUCAUGGAGCUAACACAGCUCAACCUGUCUUUUUCUUCUUUCUCUGGUCAAAUUCCAACAGAGUUUCUUCAGCUUACCAAGUUGGUGUGUCUUGAUCUUUCUUUUAACUUUCUUUUAUCUUUUGAAAAGUCAGUUUUUAGCAAACUUGCUCAUAAUAUGACAAACCUAGAGGAGUUAGACCUUCGCAUGGUUAACAUUUCCUCAGAAAUUCCUCAAAAUAUCUCAAAACUAAACUCUCUCAGAUCUUUAAACCUCCGCAGUUGCAGUUUACUGGGGAAAGUUCCACAUGAUCUUUUCUUGCUCCCUACCAUACAGUCCAUUAGUGUGGAUAUGAAUCAAAAUCUAGAAGGGUCUCUUCCAGAGUUUUAUGGAAAUAACUCUCUUGUAAUAUUAGACCUCUCUUCCACAUCUCUUUCCGGUAACAUUCCAGAUUCUAUUAGCAACCUCAGACAUCUUAGUGUUUUGAGACUUAAGUACUGUGAAUUUUCUGGAAAGAUCCCAUCUUCAUUUGGAAAUCUUUCUUCUCUAACCACUCUUGACCUUUCUCAUAAUCGUUUCAGUGGUACGAUUCCUUCUUCAAUCGGAUACCUUUCUAAUCUCACCACUCUUGAACUUUCAUUCAAUGAUUUUAGUGGUUUGAUUCCUUCUUCAAUUGGAAACUUUUCUCAGCUCACCAAACUUCCUCUUUCUUCUAAUAAUUUUAGUGGUUUGAUUCCUUCUUCGAUUGGAAACCUUUUACUCUUAACGGAUAUCGACCUUUCUUAUAAUCAGCUUUCUGGUGAAAUACCAUCUUCCUUUGGAAAUUUGAACCAGUUGACUAGCUUACGUGUAAUACGUAACAAGCUUACCGGUAACUUUCCCACUAAGUUACUGAACUUGACAGAGUUGACAAAUUUAGAACUCUCUCAAAAUCAGUUCACUGGCACGUUUCCUCCUAACAUGAGCUCACUUUCCAAGUUGACAAUGAUUUCUGCAUUUGACAACGCUUUCACUGGAACCCUUCCUUCUUCUCUUCUCAACAUUCAUAAUUUGACUUCUAUAUUUUUGGGUGAUAACCAACUCAAUGGCCCUCUUGAGUUUGGGAAUCUAUCUUCACCAUCUAAGCUAAAAGCGUUGUACAUUGGCAACAACAACUUCAAAGGGCCAAUCCCAAAAUCUAUUUCAAGAUUGAUCAAUCUUGAGAGCCUUGACCUUUCCAAUCUCAAUACAGAAAAAACAACAGUUGACUUUUGUAGCUUCUCGCAUCUCAAGUCACUUAAAGACCUUGAUCUGUCCCAUUUGAACACCACCACUAUGAUCGACUUGAAUGAAACUUAUCGUCUAAAUUCGCUCUCUCAAUUGGUUCUCUCGAGCAACCAAGUUUCAGACGCAAACAAGAGUUCAACUUCAGAUCCUCCAUCGCAAUCGAUGAUAUCUAUUUUGAGGUUGUCAGGCUGCAACAUCACAGAGUUUCCAGAGUUGAUAAAACACCAGCAAAAAAUGGCAGCUUUAGACCUUUCCAACAACAUUAUCAAAGAUCAAGUGCCAGACUGGUUAUGGAAUCUACCAGAGUUGAGAUACGUUGACCUUUCCAACAACAUUGACAUCAGUUUUGAGAAGCAUUCAGUAUAUGAUCUUCCAUCAAAUCCAUUGACAACGUUAACUUUGUCAGCAUGCGGUAUCACAAGGGUUCCAGAAUUCAUAAAAAAGCACCAAAGUCUAACUUCACUAGACCUUUCCAACAACAAAAUAAAAGGUCAAGUGCCUGGUUGGUUAUGGACAUUACCAAAUUUGAUGCACAUGGAUCUUUCCAACAACUUUUUCAUCGGUUUUGAAGGAUCAACGAAACCUGGAUUAUUCUCUUUCCCGUUAACAUCUAUGAAGUUUUUGUUAGGGUCUAAGAACUAUUUCUCUGGGGAGAUUCCAUCUUUCAUAUGUGUGUUGCGCUCUCUAAAUACUCUUGAUUUAUCAGACAACAAGUUCAACGGCCCAAUCCCUCGUUGCAUGGAAAAUCUCAAGGAUACUCUUGCAGUUCUGAACCUUCGUGGGAACCGUCUCAAUGGAAGUCUUCCCACAACAAUAUUUCACAGCCUAAGGUCACUUGACGUAAGCCAUAACCAGCUGGUAGGGAAACUCCCAAGAUCUUUGGUCAGUUUAUCUACUCUUGAAGUUCUGAACGUGGGAAACAAUGAAAUCAAUGACACGUUUCCUUUCUGGUUAAGUUCUCUUCAAGAGCUACAAGUUCUUGUCCUUCGCGCCAAUGCAUUCCAUGGACCGAUUCAGCAAACUCGGUUUUCUAAGCUGCGUAUCAUUGACAUAUCUCAUAAUCACUUCAGUGGAACUUUGCCACCAGAUUCCUUUGUGGACUGGAGUUCUAUGUCCUCACUGGAGACAAACGAAGAUCAAUCAAAUCUAAAGUAUAUGCAAGAGGAAUAUGGCUAUUACCAUGAUUCAGUGGUUUUGGUGAACAAAGGUGUAGAGUUGGAGUUUGUACGUAUCCUAAAAAUCUACACAGCAUUCGACUUUUCGGUAAACAAGCUUGAAGGAGAGAUUCCAAGGUCCAUUGGUCUAUUAAAAGAGCUUCAUGUGCUUAACAUGUCAAACAAUGCUUUCGUUGGCCACAUCCCAUCAUCUAUGGCGAACCUGAUAAAGCUCGAAUCACUAGACGUUUCUCAAAACAAGCUUUCAGGAGAAAUUCCACAAGAUUUAGGGAAGCUCUCGUACCUUGCGUACAUGAACUUUUCUCAUAACCGGCUUGUAGGUCCAGUACCAGGAGGCACUCAGUUUCGAAGGCAGCCUUGCUCAUCUUUUGAGGACAAACCGGGUCUUUAUGGCCCUUCACUUGAAGAAGUUUGUGUAGAUAAACGUGAGACAACACCACACCAAUCUGAAACGCCAGAGCCAGAGGAAGAUGAAGAAGAGGGUUUUAGUUGGAUAGCAGCUGCAAUAGGAUUUGGACCUGGUAUUGUCUUUGGAUUAACGAUUGGAUACAUACUUGUUUGCUACAAACCGGAGUGGUUCAUGAACCCUUUUGGCCGAAACAAACGCAGAGGCUAAAAGCACAUGAACUCAUUUAAGAGG